CAUUUCUUUUAUCAUAUAAAUUAUGUGCAUGAUUACCAGACAGAUAGGGGUGUUUCGGGCCUUAUGGUUCGGAAUACUCGUCAUGGCCAGGGCCCCAGUUCGGGUCGUGACAGACUCUAAGUGUUUUCUUAAUUAAUUACCCAAGCACAAACAACUUCUCACUAAAAGUAUUUUUUCAAAAAGCACUUUCCAAAAUAAGUUGAUUUUUAAAGCUUGGCCAAAAAGGAUAUUAGAGUCGAUGUGAUUCGACAUGAGUAUAGUAUGUUUAGUUAUAUGCUCAUUUUUGUUGCAAAAUCAAUUUGGCUUUUGUUUGACAUAACUCUUUGUCACUCAUGAAUCUUUUUGUAUGUUUUAUUUUGCGAAGCAAAGUUCAAGGUUGUUCCUACUUGUGAUAGGAUUAGUUUUUUGCACUACUCAAUUUAUAUCCAGGAUAUGGUCAAUUUGUAUCCAGGAUAAAUUGUAUCUUGAAUCUAAAUUUUUUUUUUUAUAUUUUUUUUAUAUUGAUUUUAGGAUCAAGAUUCUCAGAGCAAAACCUUGCAAACUCUUCCCGUGGUUCAGUAAUAUAAUGGCAUGUUUCCACUAACUACUUUGAGGAAUGAGAGUAAGAAAAGAAAUUUAAAGUUGUGUUUGGUAUGACGGAAAUUAGCUACCUUAAAUUAUGGAAGACACUUCAUCAAAGAAAAUUAUUUCUUACUAAAAGGGGAAGAAAAGCUUCCUUAUUUAUGGGCAGGUGUCAUUUUUCCUUGAUAAGUAUCCAAACUCCAACUCUGUGGCACUCACUUGUGUUAACACUUAGACAUUGUUACCAGCCUUUGUUACCCAGUAGUAUCGUCAAAACAUGAUUUGUGUGAUGCAGUCACUUGAUCAAUGUAACUAAUUGUUAGUUUGAUUUUAGAAUGACAUGAUUUCACUUUACAGGGUUUUCAUGAAAAUAUAGCUACCUGAGAAGUGAGGGUCGGGAUGAUAAAUUCAGCCAAGGAAUUUUGAACAAAAGAGAAAAUGGGAUUUCAGAGAUUUCUCAAAUUCAUUCCAAAACCAACCGCUUCUGAUCGAACUUCACUGCUACCUCUUGCUGUGAGAACGAUAGAUUCCUCAUUGUGCACCACUAACAACCUCACGCCUGUUGUCUGAAACCAACUGAACCAACUCAUGGAAACUCACCUCACGCCCUCUUUCACAGCCAAAGAUUUUCUCUCUUUUCUCAAGAACUGCAUCCGUUACCACCCUAUCCUCACUAACCUUGACUUCUACCUCUUCAACUAUGCUGCUUCUGUUGAUUCAUUCCGACAUGAUCACACCACUUUUGAGUGGAUGGUUCGCACUCUUGCUACCACCCACCGCCUCCAAUUUCUUACUGCUCUCCUCCAAUUCAUUUCUUCUAACCCCUGCCCGUGUGCUGAUGGUAUUUUCUCUUGCCCCAAAACUGAACCUAUUUUCCGUUUCGCAAUUAAUGCUUAUUGCAAAGCUGGUAGGUUUUAUGAUGCAUUGUUGGCGUUUGACACAAUGAGAAGAUUGAUUGAUGGGAAGCCUGAUGUUGCUGUUUGCAAUAUAAUAAUUCAUGGAUUUGUGAAGUUUAAGCAUUUUGAUAAGGCUUUGGAGUUUUACCAUAGGAUGAUUGGAGAACGAGUAAAGCCUGAUGUAAUUACGUUUAAUACUUUGAUUGCUGGAUACUGUAAGAACUCACAAAUGAGCUUGGCUUUACAAAUGUUUAAGGAGAUGAAAACUCAUGGAUGUGCUCCGAAUGUAGUUAGUUUUAAUACUUUAAUUAAAUGGUUCCUUUUGGAUUGAAAGAUUGAGGAGGGAAUUGGGAUGGCCUAUGAGAUGACUGAGAUGGGAUGGGACAUUUCGGCAGUGACAUGUGAGAUUUUGGUUGAUGAGCUUUGCAGGAAGAGAAUGGUGUUGAAAGCAUGUGAUUUAUUGGUUGACUUUGCCAGAAAAAGUGUGCUGCCAAGAACAUUUGAUUAUUUUGGGUUAGUUGAGAGGCUUUGUGGGGAAAGGAAUGUAGCCAAAGCAAUGGAAUUGGUGCAUGAGUUAUGGAGGAACGGGAAUUCCCCAAGCUUGAUCGCUUGUACAACCUUGAUUGAAGGUUUAAGGAGAACAAGAAAGAUUGAUGAAGCAUAUGAAAUUAUGGAGAAAAUGCUGCAGGAAUGCAUGCUUCCGGAUAGUGUCACGUUUAAUUGUCUACUUAGUGAGUGUGAUGCAGCAAGAGCGAAGGAAGCGAAUAAGAUGAGGUUAUUGGGUUUAAACAAGGGCUUGGAUCCUGAUAGUGUGACGUAUAAUAUUUUGAUAUCAGGAUUUAAGAGGGAGGGUAAAAAGAUGGAAUUGGAAGCUCUGGUGGAAGAGAUGUUGGAUUUGGGGUUUAUUCCUGAUAUUGCUACUUAUAACAGGUUGAUGGAUGGACAAGCUAAAUCAAAAAGUUAAUUUUCUUUGCCCUUACCCUCUUCAAGUUCAGACUACUUAAUUUAUUGAUCCAUGUGUGGACAUGAUGACAUGCAUAUUAGAAGCACCGAUGGAGAAAAUCAAUGAUUCUUUUCCCCGUUCUUUCAAUCAUCACCAAAGAAGAUUGGUGAGUUAUGCAUCGUCGAGUUAUUUUUUGAGAGUCAACUGAAGCAACAGCUUGAAGCUCUCAUGGCUUAAAAUGGUAUAAAAACUGUGAUCAUCUUUUGCACCGCAACAGAUCAUAGCAGAUAUGCAACAUAUUUCUUAACUAACAUGGAGUACGAUGGAGUGAUGGACUCCACCACACAGAUCAAGAAGGAAGUUCUGCUAUUCAGGGGAGGACAAAGAAAAAACUCAAGGGAAUGUGAAGAAUUGUAUCUAUGUGUACCCCAUGGCAGUUUGUCCGCUUAGAAACACACAAGUUUUGAGAUUAUGUUUCUCAGGUCCUUCAAAAAUAUCUCUGGGUGUAUAUUGGAUCUCCAAAAGUUAUUCGUUCUUGAAGGUUCUGACAUGGGUGUGGUAAUAUUUUUGGUCCACAUGCACUAGAAGCAUGGGUCUUUAUACCUUACGCCUAGUAUCUGAUGGAUCCUAAAGGCUUCCUCGCUUAUCUCGGUCUCAAGGUUAAAAGGUAUUGUAUGUGCCUGUAGUGCACUAAUGGAUGCCAUCCUUUCGGCAGUUUAGAAGCAGUUCAGAAGCAUAUGGAAGCAAAACUCAUUGCAUAGUGCAUUAUGGUGAUGGUGGUCAUGAUGAAGAGGCUGAAUUAGAAGAGUUUAUGACCAUGUCAGCAGGUACCUCCUCUGGCUUUUGGGUGAUCCACCAGUGCAUCAUAUCUACAAGGAGCAAAAUAUCUUAGCAGAUAGAUUAGCAUGUAUGGUUUCGGCGACAAAUUUGGGUAGUGAAAAUACAACUUUUUGGAAUCCUUCUCCUCCAUUUUACUACAUGUUUUGUUGGACGACCAGGUAGGAAGGAUGCAAACAAGACAAAUAGAUUUGACAAUACACCCUUGUGGUGGACCCCUUCCUCAGACCCGGAACAUAGCGGGAAUUUUAGUGCACCGGGCUGCCCUUUAAGUGUGCAGGCAACUAGAGAAGCAACCACAAAUGACCAAGAGAUGUUAAUGGGGUCAAAUUUUGAAACACAUGCUCCUACUACCUCUACUAUAGCAAGUACUACUAAUAGUUGUGUGGUACCAACUGUUAGGCCACCCUCUUGCGUAUCUUUUAAGUUCUGUUGUAAGUUGUAACUAAUCUCUAAGUCCUUGUAGGUUCUAUUAUAUAUGUACAUCCAAUAUCUUUUCAUCACCCAGAAAAAAGACUAUUAUUACAGGGUCAUGGUUAAUCAUUGACACUAUUACCACUUGUUAGGAUUAUAGGUUUUUUAUUAUGUCAAAAGCUAUUAAGUGAUAACAUAUAUUUAACUUUAUUUCAUAGUCAAAUUCCUCAAGCAAUCACCGUACUUGAUCGUGACUUAGGUUGGAGCCAUUCCUUGAGGAGUUUGGAGCUGAAAGGGCACAUUUUUUAAGCAAAUAAAUCAUAAGAGCACUCCGAAUUUGGGACCAACCAAAAGGGCCAGUUUUUCUUUUCUAUUAUUAUAUUAUAUAGAA